UUAUUAUUAUGCGCUUCUCGCAGCAGCGCUCGAUUGGGGCCCACUUGGGUAGCGUUCAUUUAAACGUUUACUCUCCGCGUCUUUUGUAGAGGCACUUAAUUUUUGAGGUUGAAGGUUUGCAGGUGUCGAUAUCGACAACCAAAGUACAAAUAUAACGACUCCUCAGAAAAAAAUAACUAAAUCAAGGAGUGCUUUGACAAAGCGAUUCCAGAAUUUAAUAAUAAACGUCUUGUUAAAAUCAUAGCCGUUUGGAAUUUAUUGUACAGACAUUUAUUUACAAUAGAUAUUGCAUUGGUAGAAUGACUAAAAUGGUAACUGCGUCAAUAAAGUACGAGAAUUGUUACGCUAAUGGUAUAGGGAUUAUUGGAAUAUCCCUGUAUGUUAUUACUAACAACGUAAUUGUUUGAUCCAAGAUUGUUGGAAAAAUAUAGAAGGAAAUUAAAAUGAUCUGGUUAAUUAAAAAAUGAUUAAUUUGGAAUAAGUGUAUAUAAUUAUGUUUCUACUAGCUUUAUAUUGAAAUGAUAACGAAUGGUAAUUGGCUUUGAAAUGGACGGAUUAGCCUAACCUCAAAUUUCCCUUGGUGUUAGCGCUAUCCAGUAAAUUAGGAAAAAUCACGUCGUGAAGAUAUAAACAUAACAAACGUUAAACAGUACUCACACCAACCUCACGGAGAAACAGGGAUGGCGGAUCGACAUGCGCGUAAGCGUCAGACCACGCUUGGCAACCUGGCGUGCGGUUGAAAGCCCGCUCUCUCCGCGUCAGUGUCGUGUGGCUGGCAGUGAGUUGGUAUAGUUUUUCAGCAUAGCUUAACGAUUCGAUCAUUGCGCCUGUACUUCAUGAAAUUAAUGACUGAUCCGGCGUUCUGAGGAAGUAGAAAAACACCAUGCCAUCGGUGACGCAAUGCGAGCCGACCCAGGCGAACUUGGCGACUCUCUCCGCGCUCGAGAUCUUCGACAUAUUUAAAUCCAAUUCAGAUAACGACAAACACACGGAUGCCAGCUCGGAAGAGAGUUUCCACCUCCAGCUGGACGAGGACGACACUGAAAGCCGAUCGAACGUCUCGAGCGGCAAAGAUAGAGAAGAAACCGAAGAGGAUAUCCUAAACAAGUUCGAAACGGCGACGAGCUGCGACCCCGACCAUUUGGACGCCAAAACCGAGGACAGGAUUCUCAAUGACGAGGAGCACAAAAACGUCAAUUCGACGACAAAGACGACGGUUGAGUUAAUCGGAAGCGACAAAUACGAGAAAACCGGCAACGGCGAAUUCAAAAGUGCUUACGAACUCGAAAACCCAGAGUCGGAAAACGCGAAAGCCGAGCGGAACGUCCAAAACGACACGGAAAAAGAGACCGAAAUAGCUCGAAACACCGAUCAGAGUGCCGAAAAUAGUGAUCGGGUUUCGGAAACGGAAGCAGACGAAGAAGAGAAAAUGAUCGAGAAUGAAGGGAGAGAAGAGGAUGAGAAAAUGCGAGUUUGUAAACAUAGUGGCCGUAUUGAUAUAGAGAAUGACUCGCUUUUACAAGAAUUGGAGGCGACCAUCGCCGACAACCGGGAGCAAGGCAACGAGGAAGCGAAAUUUCCCGAAAAGCCCAAGGAGCCAGACGAGGUUUCCAAUCAGAAAGCUCAAGAAAACGAAUACGACCUGCUCGACAUAUCUGUGAUCCGAGACUGUGAGGAAGACGACGCGAUCGCGACCGCUUUGGAAGAUAACACAAACGCUGACAGUGAUAAGGAGUCUCAUUCCAGCGAAAAGUCUGACGAAGAGCAGGGCGAAAGAACGGAGAACGAGGCAAGUGAGGGAGAGAAAGAAGACCCGGAACUCGCGGAAGAAGAGAGCGAAACCGUGGACCAAGAAGAAGGUGCUUUGGUUAGUGAUAGUGAGAGCAAGGAGAACCCGGAUGUGGCUAAUCCGAAACUUAGUGAGCUGUUGGAAGAUGGUGACGAAGAAAUGAAAGAACAAGUGUCGGGCGCUGCAAGUGACGAAGCAAAGGUGCCCAGCGGUGAAGUGAGUGAGGUGGAGCAAUCUAAAGAAAUUAUUUUAGACUCUGACGCUGCGAACGGCCAAAACAGCAACGUUGAACGGGGGUCUGUGAAGGAGGCGACGGAGCUUGAACCUGCGAAAGCACUGCAGGAAAAUGAGGAAACUGAUAAAGAAAAAUCAAAAUCAUCGGGGCAGAAGAGGUCGUUGUCGUCGACUGAUUUGGAAAAUGCCAACCUCGCCCCGAAAAAGAUCAAAUUGGUCGACAACGAAACGGCGGACGUCCAGACAAGUGACAAAGUGAAAACUUUGUCGGCCUUCGCCAAGUUCAUGCAGUGCCGGCGCUUCGCUUCGAAGUUAUCGAGGUCGGAUUUGGAGCAGUUCUGCAUUCAAAAAAUAUGCGAGUGCGUGAUGAUGAAAAGUAGCGAGGGCGAGCUGCACCAGACGAUUAAAAAGCAGGAGAAAUGCAUCGAAAACCUGAAGAGGGACAUGCAACAGCUGCUAAAACAGUCGAAGGACCUAGAGAUCGUCAACAAGAAACUGAUGAGCGAAUUGAGAAACCAGAACACGCUGAAAAAGCCGCUGGUGCCGUUAAAAAUUACGCGUUCAGUAGGACUCCAAGUGCGGAUGAAUCCGGGCAACGAUGCGGCGAACCAAAGGAAGAGGCCGCUACCUUCGCCGCAGAAACAAAAUCCGACCGUCCAGGCGGUCGGAACGACGGUGGUGAACAGGGCGAGAUCGACACCAAACGCUUCGCCAGUCGUUAAGAAGGUUUUGGCGACGACGCCUACAAAAUCGCCAUUGUCCACAACUCCCACCACAACGGCGUCGGUGGCGUCGAAUCCGUUACUGACGAAAGCGUUGCAACUAAACAGGCGACCCGUGGUCUCCAAACGCAUCGCGACCCCUAACGCCAGGCCAAAAGUGGUGGAACCCAACAAACCGGCCAAUCCCGGAGUAAUAGAUUUGACCGACGAGGAUGACAGAACUCUUAAGGGCGGCAACAAACCCGGCUCGAUCAAUAAAGUUGUGAGCCAGAAAAUCGGCGGGAAUCAGGCAAAAACUAUAGUAACGCAAAAGACUGCAUCUGUACCUGGCGGGAAAGGUCCGACCGGUAACCCACCUAGGACCGUGGCAACCCUACCUCAAGGUGUCCGGUUAACUCCCGGAUCCGUAAUUGCUUCUAACGCAGCCGGAGGCUCCCAGAUGCUCUACGUCCUACCCACGAUUAAUUCCGGCACGAACGGAACUCAAAAAUUGACGUUUUUGAAUCUGCAGCCCACCAACGGAGUGCUGUCGACGGUGAACGGUUCGUUGGCGACCAAACAGAACAACACCAUAACCUUGAAAACGCUGGGCUUGCGAAAGCAUCCGGCGCCGUUGCCGGUGUCGCCAAAAGUGGUCUCGGACGUGAAGCUGAAACCCGUGCUGCCUAAACCGUAUUUAACUAUUAAAAAAAUCGACACGGGAAUAAUUUUGCAGUGGAAAAUGCCGUACAACCUCGAUUUAUACGAGUCUAUAGCGAGUUAUCAAUUAUACGCGUAUCAAGAGACUAACGCGCCACCUAGUACCGACAUGUGGCGUAAAGUUGGAGACGUUAAAGCGCUGGCGCUGCCGAUGGCGUGUACCUUGACUCAGUUUGCGGACAAAAACAAAUAUUAUUUUGCGGUUAGGUCGGUGGACGUUCACAAGAGGAUAGGAGCGUUUAGUGACCCAGAAGAGAUCUCGUUAUAAAUACACUUUUUUUAAAGAUAUAAUUCAGUGUAAUGUAAUUUGUUGUAGAGCGAUGACUUAGGAGUGUGCGGUUAAGUUAUUUCUAAAAUUAAGUUUUUUUUAUCAAAUAAAAGUCAAAAUCGCUUACAGUGAUAUUUGCACUACAUUUUUCUUU